UAUUGAAGUCCAUCAAGGGUUGGAACACAAGCCUCUGCACAGAUUGCAGCUGUUAGUGAUAGAAAUUAUUUUUUGCAGGAGCUUGUCUAUUUCUUCUGUCUUCACUGCGAGUGUGUCUUUCUGUUUACAAUCGCUCUGUUUUUUUGGGAUUACUGUCUCGGCACCACGCAGGGAUUUUGCAGAAGAACAUGGUGAUCAAAGUUUACAUAGCAUCGUCCUCCGGAUCGACAUCGAUCAAGAAACAGCAGCAGGAUGUCAUGGGAUUCUUGGAGGCCAACAAGAUAAAGUUCGAUGAGUGUGAUAUCGCCAACAAUGAGAGUGACAGGAAAUGGAUGCGUGCGAACGUUCCAGAAGAUUCCAGACCCACUACAGGGAAUCCGCUGCCCCCACAGAUCUUUAAUGAGGAGCAAUACUGUGGGAACUACGAGGCCUUUUUUAAUGCCAGGGAAGACAACCUUGUCUACGCAUUCCUAGGCAUGACUGCUCCCCCGGGUUCAAAGGAGGCAGAGGCUGCUGCCAAAAAAGCACUGCAGUAGUCUGUCUCUCUAUCCAUCCCCCCACCUCUUCAUUUCCAUCCCAUCACCCACCCUGCUGUCUCUGGUACUGCAACUCAGCUUCCCUGGAGAACUUCUCCAGUCUACCCUUCAUCUAUGAACAGAUCCCGAAAAAUCACAUUGGUUCAUCUGUCCCAGUUCGGUCGACUUCUAUAUUCCUCCUUAAUGAGCUCUGUUGUCUCUGUCAUUAAACAUGAUUGCCUUCUGACGUUGUCCACAUGUGUUCUUGUUUGUCUGUAGUUGUGCAGAUAAUAGGACUAGUGGAUAGUAUCAUGUAGCUAUUAGCCAUUCAGUUUUCUGUUGUCCACCGUCCAUGAUUGUCAGAAUAACUGCCACUAACGAAUGUGUAUUUUGGUGAGUUUAUUCGGUCAGACAACAAUAUGUGGUCAGACUUCCAGUAAAAUCAUUUAUAUGUCCUGUUACCUGUGUCACAUUGUAAUACGGACACAAGUCCUAGUGCCUCUUCCACAACAGUGCACAAUCCACUGAAUAUUUGUAGCCUUUAAAGUUGUUAACCCUUUGCUUGUAAUUCCCCCAUGGCCUUUUAAUUAGAAGUCAAAGGGCUACUAUGACAACGAUAUGUAACAUUUUCCCCAGAUUGAUCAGUUCUUGCUUACAAUGGAGCCGAUUACAGUAGUCUUAAUUGUGCUUUUUGUAUGAAAAUGUUUGUGUAUAUCACUGUGUGUGUCUAUUUUGCUUCUGUUAUUUGUACUCUCUUUGUUAUAGUGCACAGUUUUCUACUUGAUGGGGAAAUAAAAGAAAUAAAGAAAGAUAGAACGCAAGAAAGAUGAAGAACAUGCCAAAAAUGAAUAUGAAUAUGUUAUGAAAGGGAGACGAGAAAUAAAACAUGGUAUUGUGA